AAAAGCGCUCGACUCUCGGGGAAAGAUGGAUGUCAGGUUCUGCUGGAUCAUCCCCUUCGCUUUGCUUCAACUAUUAUCGCAAGGCUGGGCCAUCGACUGUUUCAAGUGCGUGUCGAUCGACGGAGACAACAAACCUUGCGACGACCCGUUUCAUAAUAACGGAAGUCUUGCCUUCCUGGAGUCGCCCUGUUUGGGAGGUCGCAAAGGGCGCGAUGGUCUUUUCCCCGCGACUGCGUGCAUCAAAAUAGCGGGCAUAUACGACGAAUCUGGAGUGUCUUUGACGGUGAGGAGCUGUGCUCUAGACAGCGGAACUUUGACGACCGAUUCAGAAAUUGUAAGAAUGUCUCAUUGCGGAGGUUUCUACUUCGACGACAAAUACGUCCGAGGCUGCGUUCAAUCGUGCAACGAUGCUGACGCUUGCAAUGGAUCGUCGCCUCAAGUACUUUCUUUCGUACUCUUAAGUUUAUCGAUCUUUGCCGGGCUAAUUUGACGGGAACUCUAUGGAUAAUUCCAAUGAAUCAAAACCAUAGAUAAUUGUACAUAGAAAAAAAAUAAGAAAUCGCCUAUAAUGGACCACUUCGAAUUUAAAACAGUAACGCGACCAAUUAGCUGUGGACCAAAGAUGAGAAUACCCUGAAGGAUGAUGAAAAUCGUUUAUCAUAUUUAUCUAAUAUAUUAAAUAAAAUUUAGAAUACUUGAAUAUAUAUAUAUACACAUUUAUCAUAUCAAAUCUAAGAUGAAAUUCACUAUUUGAUACUAUUUGAUAGUUUGCAAAUAGGAGCAGAAACUGCCAUUAUAAUUAUGUAUGCAUUAUGGACGUAAUUAUCAUUUUGUUAUUAUUAAUAUUAUAUAGCUAUUGCUCGACGAUAGUGAGGCAUGCAUUUGUGAGAUUACUAUAGAUUAUAUACAAUACUCAAUAAAAUGAAUUUUAAGUUA